GUGCGUAGUAUUGGUGGGAGGGGACGGCGGUGCGGGGUGAGGGGAUCCGCACUGUACUACAGGCACAAGGGGAGAGUCGUACGGACACGGGCAUUGGGAGAGUAGUAAGGGGAGGAGGGGCGCUGAAGCAGAGGGCAUGUUGCCAUACAGCCGAGCUGUCUGAGAGGGGAGCCGUAUUGGACAUAGCCGGUGCUAAUCCCUGUGGCAGAGGAGAGGGUGGAGGACCGCUAUGAGGCACCUACUAGCAAGCUAAUAUUGAUACAACCAUGGCUCAGUUUGGAACUCCUUUUGGGGGUAAUUUGGACAUCUGGGCCAUAACAGUGGAGGAGCGAGCUAAACAUGACCAGCAGUUCCAUGGGCUCCAGCCAACAGCUGGAUAUAUCACUGGUGACCAAGCUAGGAAUUUUUUCCUUCAGUCCGGCCUCCCCCAGCCUGUGCUGGCACAGAUAUGGGCCCUGGCUGACAUGAACAACGAUGGGAGGAUGGACCAACUGGAGUUCUCCAUAGCUAUGAAAUUGAUCAAGCUAAAACUACAAGGUUACCCGCUGCCCUCUGCUCUCCCUUCCAAUAUGUUGAAGCAACCAGUUGCCAUGUCCGCUGCUGCCGCCGCUGCUGCCGCUGCGGGGUUUGGGAUGAGUGGAAUCAGUGGCAUUCCUCCCCUAGCAGCUGUAGCCCCUGUGCCAAUGCCAUCCAUCCCAGUAGUUGGAAUGUCUCCUCCUCUUGUGUCCUCUGUCCCCACAGUGCCACCCUUGGCUAACGGAGCUCCUGCAGUAAUACAGCCUCUUCCUGCUUUCGCUCACUCUGCCACGUUGCCAAAGAGUUCUUCAUUCGGCCGCUCAGGUGCCGGCUCCCAGAUGAACACUAAACUUCAGAAAGCUCAGUCCUUUGAUGUCCCAACCCCCCCACCCCUGGCAGAAUGGGCUGUACCACAGUCUUCAAGGUUGAAGUACAGACAGUUGUUCAACAGCCACGACAAAACCAUGAGUGGGCAUUUAACAGGUCCUCAAGCAAGAACUAUUCUUAUGCAGUCAAGUUUACCGCAGAGCCAGCUAGCUACGAUAUGGAACCUUUCAGACAUUGACCUAGAUGGAAAACUAACGGCCGAAGAAUUUAUUUUAGCUAUGCACUUAAUAGAUGUGGCCAUGUCUGGCCAGCCACUUCCUCCAGUUCUGCCUCCUGAGUAUAUUCCCCCAUCUUUUAGAAGAGUUCGAUCGGGGAGCGGGUUAUCGAUUAUGAGCUCGGUGUCUGUAGAUCAGCGCUUACCGGAGGAACCAGCAGAAGAGGAGCCACAGAACACAGACAAAAGACUUCCAGUGACAUUUGAAGACAAGAAAAGGGAAAACUUUGAGCGAGGAAACCUGGAAUUAGAAAAGAGGAGACAGGCACUUCUAGAGCAGCAGCGCAAAGAGCAGGAGAGGCUGGCACAGCUGGAAAGGGCAGAGCAGGAGAGAAAAGAACGAGAGCGGCAAGAUCAAGAGCGCAAGCGGCAGCAAGAGCUGGAAAAACAGCUGGAGAAACAACGAGAGCUGGAGCGGCAACGGGAAGAGGAGCGCAGGAAAGAAAUAGAAAGGCGAGAGGCAGCAAAGAGAGAACUUGAAAGGCAGAGGCAGUUGGAGUGGGAACGAAACCGGAGGCAAGAACUCCUUAAUCAAAGGAACAGAGAGCAAGAGGACAUUGUUGUCUUAAAAGCAAAGAAAAAGACUCUUGAGUUUGAGCUGGAAGCUCUAAAUGAUAAAAAGCACCAGCUGGAAGGGAAACUUCAGGAUAUCCGCUGUCGCCUCACUACUCAACGGCACGAAAUAGAAAGCACUAACAAAUCCAGGGAGCUUAGGAUCGCAGAGAUCACGCAUUUACAGCAGCAGCUUCAGGAAUCUCAGCAGCUGCUUGGAAAACUGAUUCCUGAGAAACAGUCCCUUAACGAUCAAUUAAAGCAGGUUCAACAAAACAGUUUGCACAGAGAUUCCUUGCUGACACUAAAAAGGGCAUUGGAAGCCAAGGAGAUGGGCCGCCAGCAGCUCCGAGACCAGUUGGAUGAAGUAGAAAAAGAAACACGAGCUAAGCUCCAGGAAAUCGAUGUGUUUAAUAACCAAUUAAAGGAACUGAGAGAAUUGUACAACAGACAACAGCUCCAGAAACAGAAGGACUUUGAAGCCGAGAAGAUCAAGCAGAAAGAGCUGGAACGGAAAACCAGUGAGCUGGACAAGAUGAAAGAGGAGGACAAAAGGCGGAUGCUAGAGCAGGAUAAGCUUUGGCAGGAUCGUGUGAAGCAGGAAGAGGAACGUUACAAAUUCCAAGAUGAGGAGAAGCAGAAAAGGGAAGAAUCCGCUCAACAAUGUGAGGAAGAAAAGAAACCAGAGAUCCAAGAGAAGCCCAACAAACUGUUCCACCUACCACCGGAGCCAGGAAAGCUAGGAGGGCAUGUCCCCUGGAUGAAUACAGAGAAAGCACCGCUAACAUUCAACCAGGGUGAUGUUAAGGUUGUGUAUUACCGGGCACUCUACCCUUUUGAUGCUCGAAGUCAUGAUGAAAUCACUAUUCAGCCUGGGGACAUUAUUAUGGUGGAUGAGAGCCAAACCGGAGAGCCUGGAUGGCUGGGAGGUGAACUGAAGGGAAAAACUGGCUGGUUUCCUGCCAACUAUGCAGAGAGAAUGCCCGAGGGUGAAUUCCCAAGCACAACUAAACAGGCAGCAGACACUACGGCCAAACCCACUGUCCAUUUGGCACCUUCCACUCCCACACCUGCAGCUUUUACAGAUAACUCUGCAAAUUCCAACAACUGGGCAGACUUCAGCUCCACGUGGCCAACCAAUAACACUGAUAAAGCAGAGACGGAUAACUGGGAUACAUGGGGAGCUCAACCAUCUCUGACUGUUCCUAGUGCCGGACAGCACAGGCAGCGCUCUGCUUUUACCCCAGCAACGGUUACUGGAUCAUCUCCAUCUCCUGUACUUGGUCAGGGUGAAAAAGUAGAAGGGCUUCAGGCACAAGCCUUGUAUCCUUGGAGAGCAAAAAAGGACAACCACCUUAAUUUUAACAAAAAUGACAUCAUCACGGUUCUAGAGCAGCAGGAUAUGUGGUGGUUUGGGGAAGUUCAAGGUCAAAAGGGCUGGUUUCCCAAAUCCUACGUAAAACUUAUAUCCGGGCCACUAAGGAAAUCUACAAGCAUCGAUUCCACAUCUUCAGAAAGCCCUGCUAGUUUAAAAAGAGUCUCUUCACCAGCAUUUAAACCUGCCAUGCAAGGAGAAGAAUACAUAGCCAUGUACACGUACGAGAGCAACGAGCAGGGAGACUUGACCUUUCAGCAAGGAGAUCUGAUUGUGGUGAUUAAAAAAGAUGGGGACUGGUGGACUGGCACGGUGGGAGAGAAGACGGGGGUUUUCCCUUCCAACUACGUAAGGCCCAAAGACUCCGAGGCGGCUGGAAGCGCAGGAAAGACAGGAAGCCUUGGGAAGAAACCAGAAAUUGCCCAGGUUAUUGCUUCUUACACAGCAACUGGCCCUGAGCAGCUGACACUGGCUCCUGGCCAACUUAUCCUCAUCCGGAAAAAGAAUCCUGGAGGAUGGUGGGAAGGAGAACUGCAGGCACGUGGGAAGAAGCGACAGAUUGGAUGGUUUCCAGCAAAUUAUGUGAAGCUUUUGAGCCCUGGUACAAACAAAAGCACGCCGACAGAACCACCAAAAGCAACAUCAUUGCCUCCAACAUGCCAAGUCAUCGGGAUGUACGAUUAUAUCGCUCAGAAUGACGAUGAGUUGGCCUUCGGUAAAGGUCAGGUCAUUAACGUGCUGAACAAAGAGGACCCGGACUGGUGGAAAGGAGAACUGAACGGCCAUGUUGGUCUGUUUCCCUCCAACUAUGUGAAACUGACCACAGACAUGGAUCCCAGUCAGCAAUGGUGUGCAGACCUACAUCUCCUGGACAUGCUGAGUCCCACCGAGAGGAAGAGGCAAGGGUACAUCCACGAGCUCAUUGUCACCGAGGAGAACUAUGUCAAUGACUUACAGUUAGUCACCGAGACAUUCCAAAAGCCUCUGCUGGAAUCUGAAUUACUGACGGAGAAGGAAGUUGCCAUGAUUUUUGUCAACUGGAAGGAGCUGAUAAUGUGCAAUAUCAAACUGCUCAAGGCCUUGCGAGUUCGCAAGAAAAUGUCUGGGGAGAAGAUGCCGGUGAAGAUGAUCGGGGACAUCCUGACGGCCCAGUUGCCCCACAUGCAGCCGUACAUUCGCUUCUGCAGCUGCCAGCUCAACGGCGCCGCUCUCAUUCAGCAGAAAACGGACGAGGUGCCCGAGUUCAAGGAGUUUGUGAAAAGGCUUGCAAUGGAUCCCCGGUGUAAGGGAAUGCCGCUGUCCAGCUUCCUACUCAAACCCAUGCAGAGAGUAACCAGAUACCCGCUCAUCAUUAAAAAUAUUAUUGAAAAUACUCCAGAAAAUCACCCUGACCACAGCCACCUGAAGCAAGCCCUAGAGAAAGCCGAAGAAUUAUGUUCCCAAGUGAAUGAGGGGGUUCGGGAGAAGGAAAACUCAGACCGACUGGAGUGGAUUCAGGCGCACGUUCAGUGUGAGGGUUUGUCUGAGCAAUUAGUAUUUAACUCUGUUACAAACUGCCUGGGCCCACGCAAGUUCCUGCACAGUGGGAAACUGUACAAAGCCAAGAGCAACAAGGAACUAUACGGCUUCCUGUUCAACGACUUCCUGCUGCUCACCCAGAUCAUUAAGCCCCUCGGCUCCUCCGGCAACGAUAAGGUGUUCAGCCCCAAGUCCAAUCUCCAGUACAAGAUGUACAAAACUCCAAUAUUCCUCAACGAAGUGCUGGUGAAACUGCCCACGGACCCAUCCGGGGAUGAGCCAAUCUUUCAUAUUUCUCACAUUGACCGAGUCUACACAUUGCGUGCAGAGAGCAUCAAUGAGAGGACGGCCUGGGUGCAGAAAAUCAAAGCGGCAUCGGAGUUGUACAUAGAGACGGAGAAGAAGAAGAGAGAGAAGGCCUACUUGGUUCGCUCCCAACGCGCAACAGGCAUCGGAAGACUGAUGGUAAAUAUCGUUGAGGGAAUUGAGUUGAAGCCCUGCAGAACCCACGGGAAGAGCAAUCCUUACUGUGAGAUCACCAUGGGCUCCCAGUGCCACAUUACCAAGACCAUACAGGACACCCUGAACCCCAAGUGGAACUCCAACUGCCAAUUCUUUAUCAAGGACCUGGAGCAGGACGUUCUGUGCAUCACCGUGUUUGAGAGGGACCAGUUUUCCCCUGACGAUUUCCUGGGCCGGACAGAAAUCCGAGUUGCUGACAUAAAGAAAGACCAAGGUUCUAAAGGACCAGUAACCAAGUGUCUACUUCUGCACGAAGUUCCUACUGGAGAGAUAGUGGUCCGAUUGGAUCUGCAGCUGUUUGACGAGCCAUAGGAGGUUUUGCACACUAGAUCCCCUACCCCCUACUCUUUAUUCCAUUGCAGUCUGCAGCAGCUCUGGAACCCUUUCCCAACGGUACUUUCUUCAACGGAGAGGGCCACCCGGAACCCAAACACUCUCUGUCUCUCUUGUUUCACCAUCAUUGAUUUUUAAUUCGAGUUGCCAUUUUCUAAGAAAAUGUACGUACGUGUUUUAUAUGUGGGACUUCAGUUUAGAAUUUAGGGUGUGUGUAUCUUUUUCUGAAUACAGAUAACUGUGACCACUGCUGUGAUAUCGACAUUUAGAGACUCUUGUGCAGAGCACUGCAACGCUAGCUCCGUGUGUAGUUCUACGGGAAAUAUUAUUAUAGUGUUCAUUGUCUGCUCUUAGCCAGGGCACGGCUGUCCCACCCACGGCCAUCUAGCUGGGUGUUGUAGUUCCACCAACCGCAGCUCAUCCCUACCGAGUGUGUACAUGGGUUUGUUUAUACAGGGGAUAUUUGACCAAACACAUAGAAUGCAGCCAGACAGCUGAACCGACCAUUCAUUCUUAUAACUGAUCAUUUUUAGCAAUAACAAAGCCUCUCCUACGUUCUACGUUUUUAAGGCAAAUCUGUAACAAUCCCUGAUUUGCCAGUGGGAUACAUAAGCAAGCAAAGCCCAUUGGAUAAAGCUAAAGGUACGACUAUUAAUGAAUGUCUUUGUGUGUUGGAAAUGUAUACAACAGACCCGGACUGGCAAUCUGUGUGUUCUGGCAAAUGCCAGAGGGGCUGCUGUAAGAUGCCACAGACACUCACUAUUUAUUGGGCUGCUGGUGGGGGGCUGUUUGGGCCUCUGGGUACUUGGAAUGCCAGUCCAGACAUGGUAUACAAUACUAAUGGGUAUUUGCAUGUUUGAAAAACAUACUU